CACAUCCAAGACAGACACAAGAAAAACAAGAUGGCGGAUCCUGAAGCGAAUAGCAUUCCACGGAGCAUUGUUGCCCAUAUCAGGGAUUCAUUCCUAUACGAGGGGAUUCGCAUAGCCUCCUUCGUGACACCGGAUGAUAUGUCAGGCAUUCGGAACAUGGAAGUUCGAGAAGAUGACGUUAUUCUGGCGACCUACCCGAAAUCCGGCACACACUGGAUGACGGAAAUACUGUUGCUUGUACGUAAUUCAGGCAUCCCUCUCUCAAGCCAAGACCGCUUCGAGCAAUCAUCUCAAUUGUUAGAGAAUCCUGCUUGGAUUCGAGGUGUAGGCAAAUCAUAUGAACACGUCGCUUCAAUGCCUUCCCCACGGUUGUAUAAGACACAUCUACCGAUUCAGUUCUUACCAAAACAAAUAUGGGAGAAGAAACCAAAGAUUGUAUAUCUAGCCCGCAACCCAAAAGACUGUGUAGUGUCAUUUUAUAACUUCUGCAAGUCUGAUAUUCAUCCGUUAGAAUGGAAUGAGGCCUUCGAUUUUUUCAUCUCAGAUGAGAUCACUUACGGUUCGAUAUGGGAACACCAGUAUGGCUUUUGGAAACAUCGCAACGAUGACAACUUUCUCUACGUUGAUUUUGAAGACAUGAAAAAGGACCCAGCCGGGAACGCAGCUAAAGUAGCCGCACACCUUGGUUAUGAUCUCUCAGCUGAACAACUUGCUGAAGUCACUCGACUUUCCUCGCUCAAGGAAAUGAAAGCCACCUACGCCAGACUUGAAGACGAGCUAGGCGACAAAGGAAAGCUACUCACCCAUGCUGCUGGUAUAUUACCACUACUUUACAAAGGUACUGUCGGUGGAUGGAAAAACAUCUUCACUGUGGCUCAGAAUGAAACAUUUCAGAAGCAUCAAGAAAUGAUUAUGAAAGACUUUGAUGAGGAGUUCAGGAAAAAGCUCAAUCUUUGAAUACUGGAUAGACUGAAAAAAAAAGACGGAGGGAGCAAGAAGAAAAAGUAAAGCCUAAAGAAAAAGUUUUCCGUCUUUUGUUUUGCCGUAGGCUCAGAAAAAAGGAUUCAAUGAAGGAAAACACAUUUGAACAAUUUAUAAAUUGAGGAUUACUCUUAUGGUUUAGCGCAUAAGAAAGAUUCACCGGUCGUUUUUAAAGUCACUCUUAAUUUACAAUAAGACCCCCCUGUAAGAUUUAACA